AUGCAGGAACUCAGAACAAGCAAGGAGGCAGUACUGAUGAAUGUGGUACAUGAUGCCACACCAGUCAACGUCCAGGCUACAAUGCAGGAGGAAAUUGUGGCAAGGCUAGUGCUAGAGGCAGUACCAGAUGCCGCACUAGUACCAACCAAGCUCCUUAAAGCGUUCAACAACAUGGUGUUCAUGGACGAGGCCGAGAAAGACUCUGCAUUCAAGUGGAAGAGGUCCCAAAUCAUAGCCUUCCUCGGGAAAGUCAAGGGGAAUCCCGAUGCCUAUAACGUGGUGCAAACUGCCAGAGACAGUUUGACGAAAGUAGUGGAUAAAAUUGUGAGCAUCAGUCAAGAGACCAAUCCGAAGCCAUUUCUACAGAGUCACAUCACCGCCUUGUACCAGGUCAAGAAUAAGGAGUUCAACCUCGAGACCAUUUUUGAUCUUGUCGGAUGGUUCUUCUCCGUUACUGGAACUUCGCCGACAGGUGCAAAUAGAGAGAAUUACUACUAUCCCCUCGCAUGUCUGUUCUGCGUCUUUUGGCGUCGACUAACCAGGCCCGAGAACGCCGAGGUUGAGGCCUACAUUGCCGCUAACAACGAGCCUCAGAAGAUCCAGAUGACAGUGUUCGACCAAGGAAAAGCGAGCAAGAAGGUCACACGCAUAUGCAUAAUGUCCAAUGUUCCUGGCAAAAAAGAGUUCAAAACAGAGAGGGAAAAGGUACGAGACAGCAGGGAAGAUGCGCUCAUUGCGGAUGGCCUGCAGGAGAAGAGAUUGAAAAACCAGACCAUGGUGAAGCCGAACGGGCAGAAGUUUGGGAGCUGCGCCGAGACACUUCCAUUCUUGUUCAUUAAGUCAAUUCUCAGCGACGUCGAUGCUAAAACUGCGGAAGGUUUUGCCUUCAAGCCACAGUUGAUACUCCCCGAAGAGGGAAAGACGUACAAGUAUAAUAAACCGAGUGCUGAACAGAUUGAUCGUGCCUGCAAUAAUUGUGCCUAUCUUCUCGGCCCGGGGCGAUUGGGGUUCACAUACGAUAAUUUCACAGAGUCCAAGUACUAG